CGGGGGCGAGCGGCGGGACGCGAGGGGGGGCCGAGAGCGGCCGGGGAGGAUUUAGGGAAACCGCGGCGAGGUCGCACCCCCGGAGCGCCUCGCAUUGUCGGGGCCGCCGCGCCGCUCUUAUUUUUAGACGCUCAUUCUCCCCGCGCCCUCCCCCCGGCCCCGGGAGCCCCGCGCGGCUUUUUGUGCCAUUCUCAAAGUGCCGAGCCGGACUGAGAGCCGCAGGGCGCCUGCAAACUUUAACGAGAACAAAAAGGCGGCGGGGGCGCGGAGGGGCUCGGCUUGUGGCGGUGCUAUUUGCACAUCGAAGGGAGGAGAAAAAACCAACAAAGAGGAGAAAAAAAAAAAAGAAAGAAAGAAAGAAAAAGAAAUCGCAACUGUUGCGCCUGUGAUUUUUUUUUUUUUUUUUUUGUCCCCGGGGGGAGAACCUCUAGGUGCCCGAGGGGGUGGACAGGAGUUGAACUUGCCGCAUUGCAACAGGCAAAGAAGUGAGAAAUCCGAUAAUCGAUCCCGCUGCUGCCGCUGCUUCGCCUCGCUCAGCCCGGCAAAGUUUCGAGGGGCAGGAGGCAGGGUGAGGCAGGGCGGGCAGGGGCCGCGGGGCCGCGAGGAGGACGCGCCGGGAGGAGGACGAGCCGCGGCGCCCGGACAUGUCCAGGAGGAAGCAAGCCAAGCCCCGCUCGGUGAAAGUUGAAGAGGGCGAAUCUUCGGAUUUUGCUUUGAACUGGGACUCAUCAGUGACUCAAUCAGGUGGCCUGGGAGGAGAGCUGGAGAGCGACACGAAGGACAGCCGGGCCCUGGAAGAGAGGAACAGCGUGACGAGCCAGGAAGAGAGAAAUGAGGAAGAUGAAGACAUGGAGGAUGAGUCAAUUUACACCUGCGAUAACUGUCAGCAGGACUUCGAUUCACUGGCAGACCUGACUGAACACAGGGCACACCACUGUCCUGGAGAUGGUGAUGACGACCCACAACUCUCCUGGGUGGCUUCAUCUCCCUCCAGCAAAGAUGUUGCAUCACCCACUCAGAUGAUAGGAGAUGGGUGUGAUCUCGGCAUCGGGGAGGAGGAAGGGGGGACUGGCCUGCCGUAUCCCUGUCAGUUUUGUGAUAAGUCCUUCAUUCGCUUGAGCUACCUUAAGAGACACGAGCAGAUCCACAGUGACAAACUACCUUUCAAAUGCACCUACUGUAGCCGGCUUUUUAAACACAAGAGGAGUAGGGACCGUCACAUAAAGCUUCAUACGGGGGACAAAAAGUAUCAUUGCCACGAGUGCGAGGCCGCAUUCUCUCGCAGCGACCACCUCAAAAUUCAUCUGAAAACCCACAGCUCCAGCAAACCAUUCAAGUGUACUGUGUGUAAACGUGGGUUUUCAUCUACCAGCUCAUUGCAGAGUCACAUGCAAGCUCAUAAAAAGAACAAGGAACAUAUGGCAAAGUCUGAGAAAGAGGUGAAGAAGGAUGAUUUUAUGUGUGAUUACUGUGAAGAGACAUUCAGUCAGACUGAAGAAUUGGAGAAGCACGUAAUGACACGCCACCCACAGCUUUCUGAGAAGGCAGAUUUGCAGUGUAUUCAUUGCCCUGAAGUAUUUUCAGAUGAAAACUUAUUGCUCUCACACAUUCAUCAAGCCCAUGCCAACAAAAAACACAAGUGCCCUAUGUGCCCGGAGCAGUUUUCUUCAGUGGAGGAAGUCUAUUGCCACUUGGACAGCCACAGGCAACCUGACUCCAGCAAUCACAGCAUCAGCCCUGACCCAGUCCUGGGCAGUGUGGCAUCCAUGAGCAGUGCGACUCCCGACUCCAGUGCAUCGGUGGAGAGAGGUUCCACCCCGGAUUCGACCUUAAAGCCUUUGAGAGGGCAAAAGAAAAUCAGGUCUGUGGACAGAGAGGAAGGCCAGAAUUGGUCUAAAGUUACUUACAGCUGCCCAUACUGCUCAAAGCGCGACUUCAACAGUCUUGCUGUGCUUGAGAUCCACCUGAAGACCAUCCAUGCGGACAAACCUCAACAAAGCCACACGUGCCAGAUCUGCCUUGAUUCCAUGCCUACGCUGUACAACUUGAAUGAACACGUGAGAAAGGUGCACAAAAACCAUGCUUAUCCCAUGAUGCAGUUUAGCAACAUUUCUGCCUUUCACUGUAACUACUGCCCUGAGAUGUUUGCAGAUAUCAAUAGCUUACAGGAACACAUCCGUAUUACUCACUGUGGUCCAAAUGCUACCCCUCAAGAUGGUAACAACGCUUUCUUCUGUAACCAGUGCUCAAUGGGCUUUCUGACCGAAGCAACCUUGACUGAGCAUAUUCAGCAGACUCACUGCAAUGUAGGAAAUUCAAAACUGGAUUCCCCUGUCAUUCAGCCAACACAGUCUUUUAUGGAAGUUUAUUCAUGCCCUUAUUGCACAAACUCCCCCAUUUUUGGCUCCAUCCUGAAGCUUACAAAGCAUAUUAAAGAAAACCACAAGAACAUUCCUCUGGCACACAAUAAGAAGUCAAAAGCAGAGCAGAGUCCAGUUUCUUCUGAUGUUGAAGUCUCUUCCCCUAAAAGGCAACGGCUUUCUGCUAGUGUAAACUCGGUGUCUAAUGGUGAAUAUCCGUGUAAUCAGUGUGAUCUAAAGUUCUCAAAUUUUGAGAGUUUUCAAACUCAUUUAAAGUUGCAUUUGGAGUUGCUGUUGAGGAAACAGUCUUGCCCUCAGUGUAAAGAAGACUUUGAUUCCCAGGAGUCUCUCCUGCAACAUCUCACCGUACAUUACAUGACAACUUCAACUCAUUAUGUAUGUGAGAGCUGCGACAAACAGUUUUCUUCAGUGGAUGAUUUGCAGAAGCAUUUGUUGGACAUGCAUACUUUUGUGUUGUAUCACUGCACCCUUUGCCAAGAAGUUUUUGAUUCCAAGGUAUCUAUCCAAGUGCAUCUGGCAGUCAAGCACAGCAAUGAAAAGAAGAUGUAUCGUUGCACAGCCUGUAACUGGGAUUUUAGGAAGGAGGUGGAUCUCCAAAUCCACGUGAAGCAUAGUCACUUGGGGAAUCCAUCAAAGUCUCACAAGUGCAUCUUCUGUGGUGAGACUUUUAGCACAGAGGUAGAACUGCAGUGCCACAUCACAACCCACAGCAAAAAAUACAACUGCAAGUUUUGUAGCAAAGCUUUUCAUGCCAUCAUCUUGCUUGAAAAACACUUGCGGGAAAAACACUGCGUUUUUGAUGCUAGCACUGAAAAUGGUACAGCUAAUGGCAUGACCCCAACAAAUAAGAAGACAGAAGGGGCAGAUAUCCAGAACAUGUUAAUGAAGAAUCCAGAUACCUCCAACAGUCAUGAGGCCAGUGAGGAUGAUGUAGAUGCUUCUGAGCCCAUGUAUGGCUGUGACAUCUGUGGCGCUGCCUAUACUAUGGAGGUCCUCUUGCAAAACCAUCGCUUGAGAGAUCAUAACAUCAGGCCUGGGGAGGACGACUGUUCUAGGAAGAAAGCGGAGUUCAUCAAAGGUAGCCACAAGUGUAAUAUCUGCUCAAGGACCUUUUUCUCAGAAAAUGGCCUGAGAGAGCACAUGCAGACCCAUCGAGGCCCGGCAAAGCACUACAUGUGCCCCAUCUGUGGGGAGCGCUUCCCAUCGCUCCUGACCCUCACUGAGCACAAAGUCACUCACAGCAAGAGUUUGGAUACAGGAACGUGUCGGAUCUGCAAAAUGCCACUGCAGAGUGAGGAGGAAUUCAUCGAACACUGCCAGAUGCAUCCAGAUCUCAGAAACUCCCUCACUGGGUUUCGCUGCGUUGUCUGCAUGCAGACGGUCACCUCUACGCUUGAGCUGAAAAUUCAUGGGACGUUUCAUAUGCAGAAACUGGCAGGAAACUCUGCGACCUCAUCACCCAAUGGCCAGGCCUUGCAAAAACUCUACAAGUGUGCACUGUGCUUGAAAGAGUUCCGGAACAAGCAGGACUUGGUAAAAUUGGAUGUGAAUGGCCUGCCCUAUGGCCUUUGUGCUGGAUGCAUGACCAGGAGCACCAAUGGACAGUCUUCAGGCUUGACCCCACAGGAAGUGAAUGAGAGGCCGUGUGGCAGUCUGAGGUGCCCUGAGUGUAGUGUUAAAUUUGAAAGUGCUGAAGACCUGGAGAGCCACAUUCAGGUUGACCACCGAGACCUGACACCUGAGACUAGUGGCCAAAGGAAAGGUACCCAGACGUCGCCUGUUCCCAGGAAAAAGACCUAUCAGUGCAUCAAGUGCCAGAUGACCUUUGAGAAUGAGAGAGAGAUACAAAUCCAUGUCGCUAACCAUAUGAUUGAGGAAGGCAUCAAUCAUGAGUGCAAGCUGUGUAACCAGAUGUUUGACUCUCCGGCAAAGCUCCUGUGUCACCUGAUUGAGCACAGCUUUGAGGGGAUGGGAGGCACAUUCAAAUGCCCUGUUUGUUUCACAGUUUUUGUGCAGGCAAAUAAACUGCAGCAGCACAUCUUUGCAGUCCACGGACAGGAAGAUAAAAUUUAUGACUGUUCCCAGUGCCCACAGAAGUUCUUCUUUCAAACAGAGCUUCAGAACCACACAUUGAGCCAGCACGCACAGUGAGCCACUGGCACUACAGGACACCUCUCUGCAGAAGACUUGACGGUGGCACAGUGGGGAGGACCAUUUGAACAUUACAUCCAAUCAAAGUGUCAUUUGCAACCCAGAUGUAAAACUCUAAUGAUUUGGCCAUGAGGCGCUGCUAUUAUAAGCAGCUGGAAAUGAAUAUUAAUGGAAGAGAUUAAAAGUAUUCCAUGCUCAGUAUUUUUUAUUGUCCUGCUUCAGCUAGUGUACUUUAGAGCUUCUGCUUCUGACUGAAUUUAUAGUGUUAGCUAAAUCUGCUUUGAUGCUGUUGCCCUUUGUUGCUUCUUGUAUUAUAUUGAUAGUUAAAAAUUAGAUGUGUUUUUUUUUAAGCUGCUUUUUAAUUGCAAUUUUAGGUAACUGUGCAUUGUGAUGUGAUUGCUUGGCUAUUGUCUGAAUAUUUCUUUUUCUUUUUUUAAUUAAAGACUAAUGCUUUGAUUGGAUUUGCCAGUUCACCGGACAGUGAUUAAAACUAUGUAAUGAAUAUAAUCGGUUUCAGUGCAACUGGAUGGUCUGCUUUAUAAAUGUGACUUAUCUGAUUGCAAUAACUAGUACAGUUCAAUAAAGGGAAUACAUGA